UUUUUCAAUCAUUGCAGGGCUAGUACUAAUAAGUACAUUGUAUGAUGUCGUGCAACGAUAUUACCAGCGCAAGGUAGACCCACUUUACGCGACCUUUUCGUUGUACCAAAAUCUAUGUAUGAUCUUACAAAUGAUUCCUCGAUCAAGUAACUCAGCAAGGAGAGAAGUAAUUGAGUGCGUCAAUGGAAUACGAGCCAUAUCGAUGCUAUGGAUCAUCGUGUACCAUGUUCACUUUCUAACAAUGAAAACUCCCGUUAACAACCCUGGAUCCAAAGUGGACUACUUGUACAGUUUUCCUUCGUCUGUGUUUUACUUCAUGGGAACUCUUGCAGUGGACACGUUUCUUGUUUUGAGCGGAAUGUUUGUUAGUUUGAGCAUCCUUAAAGCGCUGGAUACAAGUGGCAAGAUAAAUUUGUGGUCACUUUAUCUAAGACGAUACAUUAGGAUUACCGCUCCGUUAGCAGCAUUGAUCUUGUUUGCCGUGUCUUUCCUCGAAUAUACUGGAGAAGGUCCAUUAUGGAAUCAAAUGUUGGGUUCCACGAAGGAUUCUUGCAUCAAGUACUGGUGGUCAGCCCUUCUGCAUAUCCAGAACUACGUAAACCCAUCAAACAUGUGUCUUUCCUGGACCUGGUACCUCUCGGUAGACAUGCAGCUAUACCUCCUAGCUCCAGCACUGAUCUACCCGUUGUGGCGUUGGAGGAACAAAUCCCUCUUCGGAAUCAUCUUCCUUGCCUUCAUAUCAAUGGGGUGUGUCUUAACCACCUACCUAGUCAACGACUUCAGAACCGCUGCACUAAACGCUGGCGAUGAACAAAUCCUCAAGCUGACCUACUACCCAACUCACGCAAGAGCCGCAGUCUGGCUCUUUGGAGCCAUCUUCGGGUGGAUUCUGCACAACUGGCCCGGUUCCAACGGAGGACUGCUCCGAACGCGUUACUUUCGGUUCGGCUGGGCGGUGUGCUGCGCCCUGCUAGCUGUGACCGUGUACGCCAACUUUGAGCUCGUACGGACUGAUCCACGCGAGUACUCAGCAGUGGCGGAUGCCCUCUACCAAGUUCUUUCGCGGCCGGUCUUCGGAAUCUGUGUCAUGUGGGUGAUAUUCGCUUGCGUCAACGGAAAGGGAGGAGUUGUGAACGACAUUCUGAGUGCCCCGAUGUGGCAACCGCUGGCCAGGUUGUCCUUUACGAUGUAUCUGGUGCAUUGCUUGCUGAUCUGGAUGCUGACGGUGGCAAACGUGAAGAAUGAUCUGCAUUUUAGUGGGGCGGAUUUGUUUAACCGAGCUUGGGGUGGUAUUGGGAUGACUGCGUGCGUUGCACUGUUGUGGAGUGCGGUUUUCGAGGUUCCCUUUCUUACUUUGGAGAAGUUGAUUUUAAGAAAUCAUAAAUAAAUCAAAAUUUUACUA